AUGUCCUCAAACGUCGGCCUAACCACACCCCGCGGCAGCGGAACAUCAGGCUACGUCCAACGGAACAGCGCCUUCAUGAAACCGCGCAAUGCCGGUUCCGGCGCACCAUACCCACCCCUCACAGGCGCGAACAAUUACGCCGAGCGCGCGUUUAAGCAGCGUGUUCCCGAUAAGAAGAUUCUUGAGCAUGAUCGGUUGCGGGCUGUUGAGGUGCGGGUUAUGGAGGAGCGUGAGAGGCUGGAGGAGGAGAAUGAGCGGAUUGAGGAGGAGGUUGCCAAGAAGGGCAAGGGGAAGGGGAAGGUUGUGAAGAAAGCGGAGAAGGAGGAGGGUGAGCAGGAUGAUGAGUCUGAGGAGAGGGUUCUUUCUGAGGAGGAGAUUGAUGCGAGGUGUGAGGUGCUACGUGCUAAGCUUUUGAAGGAGAUGGAGGGUGGGAGUGCCGGUGGUGGCGGAGGGAAGAACGGAGCGCGGGAUCGCAGGAAUCUUAAGGCUUAUCAGGUUCAUGAGCUUGCCGAGGCAAAGAUUGAGGAGAGUGAGAGGUUGAGGAGGGCGUUUGGGAUUAGGGAGGAUCGGGAGACUGGGGAGAUUAGUAGUACGAGGGAGAGGAGGAGGGAGAGGGAGAGGGAUUAG